AGCUCGCCUAACUGCAUAUCUAAGACGCGUCUACACGUGUACACGCGCCUCGCUCUGAUGAGCCCCAGUUCAUCAUCAAGUGCCAAGACUCGCGAGAACCGUCAUGGCUGACAACCAAGAUGAUGAGAUGCGAGAGCGUCUCAAAGCAGCCCUCUGGUUCGCCAUCGGCAAGAUGGUUGACGAGGAGUCGCUUCAGCGCAACCGGAACGCCACGCCACAGUUCAUCGCCGCCCUGACCGAUAUGGUCUGGCAUCAAAUUGAAAACGUAGCGACAGACCUCGAGAGCUUCAGCCGGCACGCGGGGCGCACAACGGUUACAACCGACGACGUGCUCCUCCUGGCGCGGCGCAACCAGGAUUUGUACUCGAUCAUUAAAGACUCCAUCGACCAGGAGAAAGCGGCCAAGGUGAAAGGGAAGGGAAAGGGGCGCAGUUGAAAUCCAGGGUGCUUGGUGUGUUGCCCAUGAGCAAGGACCGACUGAUAGGAAUAUUCCUCUCCCGCUGAACCCGACAGGCCGGCUAACACUGACCCAACCUAUAAAAUGGAGCACCUACUUGAAC